CACACACAAAUUCUCAAAAUGCCGCAAGCUGACACCGUGUUCCAGUCGCGCUCGGACGGCAUCUCAGCCGAGGGUGUGCGUGAUCAGUAUGCCGAUGGUAAGGCGGCCAAGGUGUGGGAAAUUUUCAUCGGUGACAAAAAGUCCCGCACGGAAAACUAUCGCAACUUCUUGGUGGAAAAGCUGCGCGAAAAUGGUGUGCGCCGCAUAUUGGAUGUCGCCUGCGGUACGGGUGUGGAUUCUAUCAUGCUUCUGGAGGAAGGAUUUGAAGUCGUGUCCAUUGAUGCCUCAGAUAAGAUGCUCAAGUACGCGCUGAAGGAACGUUGGAAUCGCCGCAAAGAAGCUAGUUUUGAUAAAUGGGUUAUUGAGGAGGCAAACUGGCUUACCCUAUACGAUGACAUUAAGCAUUUACUUAACGGUGGUUUCGAUGCGGUCAUGUGCCUUGGUAACUCGUUCGCCCAUCUGCUCGAUAACUUUGGCGACCAGCGCGAACAGAUUCAGGCCAUACGUAACUUUGAAAAAUGCGUCAAGCCCGGCGGUUUGCUAUUGAUCGAUCACCGCAACUACGACAAUAUCAUGGACACUGGUGCAACGCCCGCUAAAUGCAUUUACUACAAUAGCAGUCACACGACGGACAUCAAAACAUCGGUACUGUAUGUAGCCUCCAAGCCCACGCUUGUCACACUGGACUACCAGAUCAGCACGGGUAACGAUGUCAGCGAGUUCCGGUUAUCAUAUUAUCCGCACAAGCUGCGCGUGUUUGAAGAAAUUCUGCAAACAAUCUUCCGAGGCAACAAGCUGCACGAGAUCUACGGUGACUUUAAGCCACUCACCGGUGUCGCCAAUCCGGCCUUUUACAUUCACGUUGUACAGAAAGCUUCCUCCUAAGUACUCACCGACCCAACUAGAGCAA